AUGAACCGUAUUGAGGGCGUGUGGGAGGUAAAGACCAAGCAGCGUAUUAAGGAUGGACGGGGCACGAGGAAAACGGUGGUGGCGCGAUACCUUGGUGAAUGCAUGUGGCGUAAAUGGCACUUUAGUGAAAACCCACCUAAGAGUCAAUACUUCCAGGGUCUUAUUACAGAAAUUCGGGCGCCUAUAGGUCAGUGCCAGCUCUUCGAAAACCAAGAGUGA